AUGUUUUCUGGAACAUUUAAAGCCUUAUUAAAAACCGUAACAAAUUGCAAAACCAAAGAUGAAAGUCAACCAUCUAAGGAACCCCUACGACUUCGAAAAGUUAUAAGAACAGCACUAGCAGUAAGAAAAUUUCAAAAACUUGAAUCGGAUAAAUGCAAGCGAUCAAUCGAAUGUGAAUUUGAUAAAACAGUUGCAAUCAACGAAUUAAAAUGUUUUUACAAGCAAGAUAAAUUAUUUCAUUUAGAAGAAUCAAAGAAAUUUGCAUAUUACAUACGCAAGUUCAUAAUUACAUUCGACGAAUUGAGACAUGUGCAUAAAAAUCUGUUAAAUCAAUUCAGUAAAUAUUUGAAAGGCUUAGAUGGUAAUGUUAAUGAACAAGUUCAAUAUUUUCUAUGCUUAUCGUUAAAAUAUUUAACUCGAAAUAGCGAACAAUUGAUGACAGAAAUCCAAUAUUCUGAUGUCAUCGAUUGGAUAAAACGAUGUAAAGACGAGUCUGUUAUGACUGAACUUAUUUAUACAUUGACUUAUAUGACUGAAAAAUCAACAUUAGACAACGAAUUAAUCAAUGAACUAAGUAGUUUGGUGCUGAAUAGGUUUGAUAUAAAUGAAGAUGCAAAAGGUCUUUUAUUAACUCGAUUAGAAAUCAGUAAAAGUGUUGACCGCAAUGAUCAGGUAAAAACUGAGCAUCGAUUUAAAUCAGCGGGUAAAUCUAAUGGGAAUCAAAAAAUGAAUAAACUAGUAGUUACCAAAACAAUACAAACUGUGAAAUCAAGUUAUAAUAAUAAAGAGUCCGAAGAGACAAAAAUGACAUUUUUGAAUUUAUCAGAUGCACUAAAAAAUCGAAACAGAAUGCUCAACAUGAAAGUAACACUAGAAAAAAUCGAUGCUGUAAAUGAUACAAAUGGCGAUGAUAGAUCAAUGUUGAGAAGUACUUGGGGAGAAUGUGUUAAUUUUUACUCAUUAGUAGUAUCACAAGGACAAGCAUUAAAAAGUGAUGAUAAAGAUAAUUAUUUACCAGCAAAAUUAUUUGGCUGGCAUGUCUGUAUUAAUACAAAAGUUUUGCCACACGGACCUUUAAGUGCCAGAAGGCGAAUGAAAGUUUAUUCACUUUUUAUUAACAGAAUGAUUGUUGCUACAUUGCUUCGAGCAUCAAAAAAGCAACAGCUAAAUAGUAAUGUUAUUGAUAAACUAAUGAUGUGUGCAACUGACUUGGAUUCUUUUGUUUCAAUUGCAUUGGAUUGUAACGAUGAUAUGGUAGACUUAGUUGUUGAUGCUAUAUAUGAUUUUUAUGAUGAAUUCAAGGGAUUAAGCGAACCGGAUAUAGCAACUAUUUUUAUUAAGACAAUUAUGAACAAAACAAUAGAGGCUGUUACACAUCAAGGAUGGCUAUGGAAUUCUACUGAAGUGAAACGAAAAGAGUUCAAUAAAAAUGAACUUGCAGAAAUAAUAAAAAACGAAAUAAAUCAACUUAGAUUGGACAGUUUAAAGGCCAUACAUAAUUGUUCAAUUCGAAACAAACAAGUUCUUAUCAAGGAUAGAAUCAAGAAAAUUCAAAAAUGUUUAACAAAUUAUCAAGAAAAUGAUGCUAAAUUUAUAAAAUUAAUAUUUCAAAUAAUGAGCAUAGCUGAUUCAACUAAUGAAAUUGAUUAUAAAGGAACGUUUGAAGCAUAUAUCGAGGUUUUAGUACGUGGAACACGUGGAAAUCAUGAUAUGAUAAUCAAUUUUCUGAAUAAUCAAGCCAAAGAUGCGAAACGAAGUCAAGAAUUAUUUACUGAUGAAAUACUUUCGAAAUUAAUUGAUUUAUUAAAUAGCGACGUCUAUGAUACUCAAAUAAAAGAAGAUAUUAUCGAGAUAAUUAAUAAUUAUUUAGAACAUGAAACAAACAAGGCUUUGGGAGACGAACAUUUGGAAUUAUUGAUUCAAUACGUUCAAGAUUCUAGUAAUUCAAGUGCUAAUCUUAUUAAUGCCAUGCUUACGUCUAUACUGAUAAUUGCUGAAAAACAAAAUUCGUUAUCAAAUCGAAUGGUGAAAAAAUUAAUUGACAAUAUAGAAUAUUUUGGCGAAAAUUCUUCAAAUUAUAUUCUACUUAUACUAAGUCGUGUUAUUCGUGGAAAAAAAUACAUUCGCAACCAACAAGAUUUGGAAACGAUAUCUUUCAAAUUAGAGUGUAACGAUGUUGUUCAAUUAAAUAACGAUUCGAAAAUAAUUUUUACACAACGUUCCGAGCAGAAUCAACAUUGUAAUCAAAUCUCAUUACUUACUGCUAAUCUGAUUUUAUUAUCUGCUCAAAAACAUGUUCAAAUAACGAAUAAAACAAUUGCUAAUUUAGUUUUAGCAUUAAAUAACGAUGAUAAACAAACAAAAAUAAUUUCAUCGAAGUGUAUCUAUGUUUUAUCGAAAUAUGCGUCGUUAGAACACGAUGCUCUCAGUCAAAUGAAAGAUUUUCUAAAUGAUCAAGUUUAUGAUGUGAGUGUCUAUAUUCUUACAGCUUAUUCAUAUGGUUUAGUGAAAUUGGCUGAACUUAGCGAACCAAUCAAUGCCAUGCAUAUGGAUAAUUUCAGUUCAUUAUUUCUCACUCAAAGUUUGAAAUUAGGAGGAAAUGAUUUUGCAAACGAAAUCAACUUGAAUAUACUUAAAAUAUUAAAACUCGAAGGAAGCAAACAAAAGUUUGAAGAUGAAAAUGUGUUUGCUCUACUUGAUAGCAUUUUGCUAUUAGACGAAAAUUAUAGUGCUAAAGUACUUGAGAUACUUGAAAUAUACACAAGUAAGUAUAGAAUACCUAAAAGUACAAUACGAGCUUUGGAAAAUGCACUUGAUUUUCCUGAGCGAUUUGAAAAAGCUAUUCUCACUAUUUACAAUGUUAUUCGUAAUGGUCAAUUAGUUACAAAUAAAAUAUUGCAGAUACUGGUUGACAAUUUGUACAUGUCAAUAAAUGCAAGACGCCGAUAUAAUUCGUUUAAACUAUUGGAAAAAGCCAGACAAAAUCAGGAUUUACCUGAGAGCAUAUUCUAUACAAUAGAACUUGCUAAAGCUGGUUUUGUUCUAUCUCGAUCAACGAAUAAAACAUCAAUUAUGAAAUUUAUGCAAGAUCAAACCAACAAUGGAAUGCAAUUACCAAUUGAUACGGUUAGUGCUUUAGAAAAUGAAACUGUUAACGAGGAUGCUUUACAAGUAUUGUACAAUAUAUCAAAGAACAAACAAAUCAUACAAUAUGAUUUGCUGAAUAAGUUAAUUGAACAUUUCAAUCCAAACAGCGAUCAAUUCAUUUUAAUUGGUGUCUUUGAAAAUGUAGCAAAAAAUAAUCAAACAUUAUCUGGUGAACUUUUAAAUAAAUUAGAAACGGCAUUGAAUAGAAAACAAAUUGAAGAUAAAGUGCUUUCAAUAUUUGUAUAUUUGGCGCAAAAGGGUGAAAAGUUAUGCCAUAAUAUAAUUCAGAAAAUAUUGAAUAAAAUUUUACUUGAAAAAUACAUUAUGUUGAAACAAGAACUUUUGAGCGCACUUGGAUCCUUGAUUGAAACUCAUCACACCGAUAUUAAGCGAUACCAGCAACAAAUAGAAAAAAUCUUAGUAGAUGGAAUCAGCUCGGAUAAUUCUAAUUUACAAAAGAUAUGCAUUAGUGUAUUACGAAUAUUGGUUAAAUUUGUACAAGUUAGUUCGAGUCUAUUCAAUGAAGUAGUAACAAUUGGUACUAGUUUGUAUUGUGAUAAAACAAUAAAAGACGAAAUUUAUUCAUUAUUUACAUUUAUGGAACAAAAUAAUAGUGAAUUGACCAGCAAAUAUAAAGCAAAAAUUCAACUGGCUAACUUAGAUUAUCAAUCUAAUAGCGAACUAUUGAAUAAAUUAAAAGGAUAUGCAAAUCAUGAAGAUGCUUUAUUAGAACAAAAUUACAAUCAAUUGAAAAAUGUAAUCGAUCAAGAUUUUCAAUUACAAGAAAAGGCUUUAGAAAUUUUACAUUUAUUGAAAUCGAAAAAUAAAAUGACUGAUGAUCUUAUCGAAAGUCUUGUACUAUUAUAUGAGAGUACUACGUCGAAAAAUAUCAAAAAAUCUUGCUUAAAACUAUUCGAAGAAGCAAAACACAGUGGAAAAAGCUUGAAUUACAAAGCCGCCGAAAUCAUCCACGAAAACAUGAAAAAUGGUGAAGUUGAUGAAAUAAGUCGGUCAUUUUCUAAAAGUAAUCUCUACGCAGAAUUAAAUACGCAACUUCAAUUAAAUGACGAACAAAUUAGAGGACUCUUACAAUUUUCCAAAGCAAAAAUUAACAUUUUAGAUAUACACAAGGUAGAAAUGCUGGUGGAAAUUUUAGCAAUAAACAAUCCGUCUUAUUACGAUAAUCAAGCGUUCGUUUCUCUUAUUGAACAAGCUUUAUUGGCUAAUCAAAUCAAAGAAAUUGCAUUACCAUGUUAUUGUCGCAUAAUUAAAGAGAAAAAAUCUAAAAAAGUUGAAGAAGUUCUUGACAAAUUAGUUCAAACCUACAACGAAAACAUAGAUAGAUAUGAUGCUGGUCAAUACAAAAAUGAUGAACUAUCAUUAUUGCCGCUGCUGCUAGAAUCAAUUUUUUAUUCACUAAAAUAUUGUUCCGUAUCUGAAAGCUGCAUUACACUUUUAGAAAACAAUCUUGAUCACGGCGAUUGGCUUAUCAGAAGUUUCUCGUUUAAAGGAUUAAGAAUGAUUCUUAGUAAAAAUGAACGUACGAAAUCGCAACGAUUUCAAAAUUGGUGCGAUUCCACAAUAGAAAACCUAUCAAAUGCUGGAGUGCACAUAGAAAAAGUUAAAACGUAUUUGGAUUUAUUAGACGUAAUCGUUUCGCUGGAGUUUAUUAAUCUAGAUGUAUUUAAGAAAAAUGACAAAGAAAAAUGGAUAAGAGAACUUAUUAUAUCAAGUUUAUUUGAACAUUUCAAAGCAUGCGACACUGAACAGAUCGAUUUCUACAGUAAUUGGUUUAUAAUUGAACAAAAAUUCAUGUAUUACAAAUCAGUUAAAAUGUUGGGUUUAAUCAUGCAAAGAGCCUUGGACUUCGAAUCGAUUGCACAGAUCAUUGACGUAUUUUUAUGCAUCGGUACAAGGUCAUAUGAUGACGUAAUGAUUAUUUUAAACAAUCACGAAUUUCCCUAUGGCACAUUAAAAAACGGCUGGUGCAUAGAAAUGAUGAAAAAUCGCCUGACAAAUAACAACAUCGACGAAAAUUAUCUAAGUGAACUUUGUCAAAAUGUUUGUAAAACAUUCAAUAGAACAUUUAUUGAAAGUCUUUUCAAGUGCAUAUCACGGAUCGAUAAUUUAAGAGAAUUUGAAGAUGUGGUAGAAUUUUGUUCCAUCAAAGAGCUAACGUUGAACGAUUUAUGUUUUCAAAAUGUUGAUAUUACUCAUUUGAAGAGUCUACUUGAAGCCAAAUAUAUAUGCAAUAGAAUUAAUUCAAACGAUGAAAAACAAAGUUAUAGAGAUGUUUUAUUCAAGAAUCUAUGCUUAUUAAUUAAAAAGAAAUGGACAUUUGAUCAACUCGAUGAGCUAACAGAAUCAUUCAAUUCGAUGAAUAUAAAUCGAAAACUUGAAAAUUAUAUAAGUGUAUUGGAACUUAUCAAUCAGUACAAUUUAUCUUCCUCACAAUAUAAGAAAUGUAGUCAGUUAAUUCGAGAAUCGAACACUUUUAUUCAAUUUUUAAAAGGAUUAAAUAAACUGGUUAUUGAAAAUAAUUUUCAAUUAAAAGGAAAAGUCAAAAGUCCAACAGAAUUAUUAAAUGAAUUGAAAGAAUCCAAUGAAAACAAUUCAGCGUCAGUCCGGUAUAUAACAACAGAAUUGCCCAAAGAAUUAGAAGAAAUAAAGCGAGAAGACUUGAAGUCAUCAAUUCAAUAUAAUCAAUUGCCAAUAGCUGGAUGGGGCGUUAAACAAAUUAACCAUUGGUCAGACGCAAUCAAAUCAAAAGGAGAACAAUUUAGCAACGUGGAAGCAAUUGCUGUUAUAAAACGGGCCAAUUUCCUAUUCACUGGUUAUCAUUUGACGGAUACACAAAUAUUGUGCAGUUUAAUAGCAUUAAAAACUGAAUCGAAGACUAGAAACAAACUAUUACAAGUCGCUACUGGUGAAGGUAAAUCGACAAUUGUAUGUAUAUUGGCAAUAAUAAAUGCAUUGAAAAACAAGCAAGUUCAUGUUAUUACGAGUUCACCUGUAUUGGCAGAGAGGGAUAGCAAACAAAAAAUGAAAUUAUUCAAAAUGUUUCACUUGACUUGCAGUGAUAAUAAUGAUAAAACAAUUUAUUUAUAUGGUCCCAAAGAUUGUUAUACAGCUGAUAUCGUCUAUGGUGAAGUGUCACAAUUUCAAUUCGAUACAUUAAGAGAUCAAUAUAGUAUGUUAGGCACACUUGGCAAUCGAAAAUCUGAAAUAGCUAUAGUCGAUGAAGUUGAUAGUAUGCUUAUUGAUGAUAGUUCAAAAAUUGCACGUCUUUCAUCAACAGCUGCUGGAAUGGAUUACUUUCAAGUUAUUUAUGUUUACAUUUGGCAAAGAUUAUUGACAGUUAAGGAAAGAUUUAUAAUGUUUAAUAACACAAUGUAUAUGAUGAAUGGUAAAGUUGAAUUUGAAAAUGGAAAAAUUGUAUUGAAAUCUUUGGAUAAUAACAAUAAUAUUGUCAAAAUAGCAGACUUGGAAAGUUAUGUUUCAAAUAAUAACGAUAUCAGCGAUAUAGGAGAGGUCAUAAAUGGUGAUCUGGAUGACUAUCUGAAAAAAUGUUUAGAUGAAUAUUUAGCCAGUCUAAUCAACGAGAAAAAAUUGGAAAUUCCAAAGAAUUAUAAAGAAUUUUAUGAAACUCAAAAACCCAAAUGGAUACAUAAUGCGAUUGAAGCACUAAAUUACCAAGAAAAUAUACAUUAUGUCGUACAAGAAGGUCAAAUAAAGCCAGUUGACUAUUACAGUACCGGUAUUGUACAAAGUUCAACGAAUUGGAGUGAUGGUUUACAUCAAUUUUUGCAAAUUAAACAUAACUUAAAAAUGACUUCGGAAACAUUUACGACCAACUUUUUGUCGAAUAUUAGCUUCAUAAAUAAUUAUACAAAUAUUUAUGGUCUAACUGGUACACUUGGUUCGGAAAAAGCAAAAAAAGUAUUGAAAGAAGUCUAUAAUGCCGAUUUAGUCAAUGUUCCACAAUUACGUCAGAAACAAUAUCUCGAACUAGAAACCAUCGUUAGUCAAGAUGAAACUAAAUGGGUGGAACAAAUAUGUUCAACAGUAUUAAUUGAAACGAAAAAAGAUAGAGGUGUAUUGAUUAUCUGUGAGAAUAUCGCUCAUGCAAAUAGACUUUGUGAUCUAUUGAAAAUUCAACAUAGAUCAACUGCUGUCAAACUCUAUACGAUGAAUAAUAUGAAUCAGGAGAAACAUGUCGAAAAAAUCCUACCUGGUGAAAUAAUCAUUGCAACAAAUUUAGCUGGAAGAGGAACUGAUAUACGUACAGAUGAGAUAGAAGAGUUCGGCGGUUUGCAUGUUGUCUUAACAUUUAUGCCAAAUAAUCAACGUAUCGAAGAUCAAGCAUUUGGACGAACAGCGAGACAAGGCAAACGUGGCACUGGAUUGAUGAUUUUAAAUUCAAUGAAUUUAAUCGAUUAUAAUCAUGUAAAUACCACCGAAGUCAAAUCGCAAAGAGAUGAAAUCGAAUCAAAUAUGUUAAACGAAUUUCAAAACAAUGACCUGAAAUUGAUUCAAACCAAAGAUAAACUAUUUAAACAAUUCUGUACAUUUUUAAAUGGAGAAAUUCGUCAUAAUAUUCGAUAUAAUCAAGGACUCUUUCAAGCAAGUUUGAAUGCGGUAACAGACGUAUUUAAAACUGUCAUGCCAACUGUUUAUGAGACAAAUAUAAUUGCAGCUGUUGAAGAACAAUGGGCGAUGUUUUUACGAAAAUUAGAUGAUGACACUAUACCAUUAAAUCAUGCCAACGAAGAAUGCAACAAAUUGAUUGCCACAUUGAGAAAAGAUUACGAACAAGAGAAAAUUAUUAAAAAUUCAUAUUAUCAUACAGCGAUUGCAAAUGAUAUUAUUAUGAAUGAUUGGUCAAUACGUAGUUCUUCAAAAGCUAAAAAUGCUUUGAGUCAUUUUGAGAACGCUGUUCAAUUAGAUGAAGCUGUUUCUGGUGCAGCCUAUUUAGGUAUAGCCUGGUGCGCACUUGUAAUUCGAGAUGAGAAUUAUAAAAAUAAAGCACUUGAAUCAUUUGAGAAAUCAUUAAAAAUUUUAUCCAAUGAAAUGGCAAUGUUAAAUUCAAUGCAAGUACUUUUAGAACAAAAACAACCGACAUUUACUGGUAGUGAACUAUAUAAACAGUUUGUGACGAAAGUAACUAUUUUAGGUACAUAUUUAAAUAGUGUUCAAGGUAAUAUUGGUGCAAUCAAAAAAUCAUUAAGACUUAUUGACUUGAUUGGAAUUGAACAGCAUUCUCAUGGGAAUGUAUUAGAAAAGAUCGAGUUUUAUUAUGAGCUUAAAAGAAACAGCAAGAAUAAAUUAGACAUUAAAAUGAACAAGAAAGCAAGUUAUAAUUUAAUAUUUAAUGAUUUGACGUCGAGAGAAGAUAGUGUUACAAUUGACCAAGCAUUGGAAACUAUAAAUAAUGCAUACUGCAAAGAUAACUUGCCAUCAUCAUACCAUGGCAUAUCUAUUACAUUGAAACAAGCCGAAUUAGAUAGAAUAAAAGCAAUUUUCAAUCAAAAUAAAGAAUAUCUGGAUCUGACGAAAGAAUCAGCUAUAGAUAAACUUAAGAGCGAACGAACCAUGUGGAAUAUACUUCGUGUAAGAAGGUCAUAUCAAGUUGAUUUGAAAAUUAUACAUAGUGAUAGCAAAACUGAAGAAUUAAAAAAUCAACAAAUGAAUGAACUUAUUACAUUGAUUGAAGAAAAAACGGAUGAUACACUUCGAUUUAACAUCAUUAUUAAAGGUGCAAAUGUGAAUGGAGUGAAUACACAUUUCAAAAAUGCAGCUAAUGAUUCUGAGAAUCUUCAAAUUGAUUUUGAUCGUUUAGAUUUUGAGAGUAUUAAGGAAAAACUAUCUUCAAUCAAAGCCGCGUCUAUAAAUCUCGAAAUGGUGUUGACUAAAUCAAUACUGUUGCCAAUUAUAGGUCGCAAUAAAUGGAUAGAAACUGCAAAAAUAUGUGUAACUGAACAGAAAUUGUAUGAAAAAGUAGAUCGAAAUGAAUUAGUGAAAAGAGCAACAGAACUUAAAAACGAUGAUUCAUAUUUUUAUAUCAAAUUUGAAUCAUUGCAAACCGAUCAAAUCAGCAAAAUUAUAUCUGGCUGUCAAGAAAUUUCAUUUAAUAUUUCAUUUGUUGGCAUAGAUUUUUAUAACAGUAUUAAUGGUCUUAAUGGACAAGCAAAUUUUCAUUUUAACAAUUUAAACAAGACAACAUCGGAAAUUAUAAUAAAAGAUCUUCGUACAGAGAAUAUCGAGUUCUCUCUCGAAUUUCAAUGUUUGGAAGAUCAUCAAGUUGAAUAUAUUGUUAUUCAUGCAGAUCUCGUUCAAGAAAAUAUACAAAUAAGUAAAAUAAAAAAUCUAAUGGAAUUAUACACAAAAGGUUCUAUGCCUACUGUUGAACUGAAUGAAUUUACAGCAAAAGGUAUUGAAUAUAUGAUCGAAAUAAAUGAGAAACGAUUUGUUCCUUGGAGAAGUGUAAUAGCUGUGGCUAUAUUAGGAUCUCUGCAAAUUAUUGCUGGCGGUGUUCUUAUUGCUACUGGAUUUGGUUCUACUGUAGGAAUGGGUCUUAUCACUGAAGGCAUAGCUGAUAUGUUCACUGCCUAUAGAGCAUUUAGCAAUAGACAAUUCAAUUGGGGAGAUUAUUGUAAACAGAAGGCUGUCAGCUUAAUCAUUUCUGCUGUUUCAAUGGGCUAUUCCAAUCUUAAAGAUGCUGGAAAAGGUGUCACGACUUUAGUUGAAUCGGCUGGUAAAGAGGCACUUGAGCAAGCAGGAGCACAAGUUGCAACAAAUACAGCAACCAUAGGCGAAACAGUUGUUCAGACUGGCAAAAAUCUCAAAAGUCUUGCAUUCAAAUAUACCGGUGUUAAAGCAGGUGAAGCAGUUGUGAGAGAAGGUCUCAACAGUGGUGUACAGUAUUUAUCGAAAUUUUCAUUUGAUUUGAUUAAACCACAAAUAUCCGAAUCAGUUCAAUCGAAAAUUCGAGUGAUGUUUUCUAAACCGGAUUUGAUAUAUUUGUUAAGAAAAAUGUAUGCGUUGGAUUUGCAAGCCAAGUCAAAAAUAUUGCAAUGUAAAGUAGAUCAAAUUGUUGCCGAUACAAUAAAUCCACAACACGAUUUCGCCCGUAGACAAUGGGAUUCAAUUGGUGGACCCUUGCUCAAAGGUGUUUUGGCAGAUGUCAAAAAUUAUGGUAGUGUCAUUAGUAUGACAAUUAGAAUUAUCGGUACAUUAAAUGGUAUAUACGAGUUACAAACGUUAAUUGAUAACGUAUACAUAGAGUUGGUUAAGAAACUUUCACAAAUUGAUAAAAAUACAAUGACACUCACGCUCGUCUUACAUCGGAAUCUGAAGAUUGACAAAGAAAUUGCAAGAAAUGCAGUGAAUAAACUUAAAAAUUUGGAAAUUAUUGACGAAAAUGAUAAUUUAAAACUUUCGUCUCAUGAUGAUGUUAGUGAUGAAUGCAGGAAAUUGCAACGUAAAAUAGAUGAAUUCAAUCGACAAGAAAAAGAUCAAGAUGCUGUUGCCCAGUUUAUGAUAUUAUUCUGUGAUAAUUAUAUGAAAGUUGAAUAUGAUUCGUUUAGUAUAAUUAUGAAAUCUAUUGCAGAUAAAAUAACUGAACAAUUAAUACAAAUAAUUGAAUCGCAGUUGAUACAGCCAUGGUCAACGUUAGCAGUUAGCAGUGUCGCAAAUAGUAUUUCAAGCCGAAUUCAACAUAAUUAUUUGGUUGAUAAAAAUCAAAACUCAGAUAGUCACAAUAAGGAUCAAGAAAAAUAUGAUGAACUUAAAAGUAAAGCAAAUUUAACAGAAGAAGAAAAAAUUUUUAUGAAAAAUUAUGGCAAAUAUCGAACAUUUACUGAACAAAUAAAUUAUAAUGCUAAAGAUUAUUGUAUUGCAUAUAGUCAAUGCGAAAUUAUUUACCACUCACAGCAAGCAGCAUCAGACAGCAAAAAUGAAUACGAAGCAUUAGACAGUACAACACAAAAGCAUAUAGACGACAUCAAGAAUGAUAAGCCAGCAGAUCUUGCUGAUAUGAUGGGGCUGGCUGCUGAGAAUGGUAUAACCAUUAAAAUAGUCGAUGAUCCGGCAUACGAACCUACCCAGGAAGAUAUAGAAAAAGGUACGAAGAUUAUUGUCUAUACGAAAGGUGAAACUAACAGUGAAGGAAAAAUAGGCAUAGGACAUUAUCAGCUUAGGGGAGAAAACGGAGACGUCAUCGAUGUGCCUAGUAUCAACAAUAAUUGUGGGUAUGCAGUGAUUCAAAAAAUAUUACAAAAUCAAGGUACCGAUAUCUCCAUUGAUGAUCUUCGUAAUCAGAGAGCUGCGAUGGUACAAAACAAUCCCACACAAUUCAUGAAAACACGAGAAGCAGAGAAAUGGAUCGAGACUCGCCAUCCUCAAGAAGCAAACCGUUUAUUACUCGUAGGUGCUAAAGACAUUCAAGAAAAUAAUUUAAACACGAACCAAUUUGACGGAAUCGAAGAAGACGCGGGCACCUAUAAAAAGCUGAACAAAAAAUACAAAGGUCGACGGCGCAAAUAUGAAUUGAAUCACAUCCCUCCAAAAAAUUCUUUGAAAGGUACACCUUUUGAGCACAUUAACCCGGAAGACUUGCCAGUAAUACCUAUGACAUGUGAUGAUCAUAAAGAUUAUAUUUCGACUGGACGUAGCGCAGAGGCAACGAAAUACCGCGCCGAACUGAGAGAACACUUGAAAAACGGGAGGAUAUAUGAUACUCUAAAAACGGAACUAAGUAAUAUGUUAAAGGUUCCACCUCCAGGUACUUAUCAAGAUAGAGUUGCGAAAUUCCUUGAUGCCGUUGUAGCUACUGGGAUACCAAAUUAUCCGACGAAAAAUCAAUGUAAACCUUUGUUAUCGCCCCAGCAAGCAGAAGACUUGAGGAGAGAUUUGUUUGGAUAA